ACCACCUUCACAAGACAGAUAGGGCUAAUUUCUUCGGGGCCAACGCAGUCAUGGCAAGGGGCGUCGUGUCAAGGAAGAAGUCGGUGUCCAAGUCGGUCAGGGCGGGGCUUCAGUUUCCUGUCAGCAGGUUGGCCCGCUACUUGAAGCAAAGCAAGUAUGCUGCACGGGUGGGUUCUGGUGCACCCGUGUACUUGGCAGCAGUCCUGGAGUACCUCGCUGCCGAGGUGUUGGAGCUUGCAGGAAACGCGUCUCGAGACAACAGAAAGACACGGAUCACUCCUCGCCACAUCCAACUGGCAGUGAGGAACGACGAGGAGCUGAGCAAGUUGCUAGCAGGGGUGACAAUCGCACACGGAGGGGUCCUUCCCAACAUCCACGGCGUCCUGUUGCCCAAGAAAUCACCCGAAGAGGCUCCUUCUCCGCAACCUGACCAUGCAGCCAGAACUCGCCACAACGAAGCCAAAAAGCACUUGAAAAAGGGCCACGCCCAUCGACACUCAACCUAAACAACAACAACAAGAAAAACAUUUCUCAUCUGGUCCGCACCGAUCAUAACUCUUUGUAACGAACUCUGCUUUGACUGCAACAUCGAGACGAACGUUUGUGGGUCACGUAUGCAGGCCUCCGUCUGUCUAGACCUUAAAUUGAAACCUCGGAAAUUCCGUUUGUGGAGAUCCAGUGUCAAGCCUUCGACGUUUUAGAGUUUCGUUUUACUGCAUUUCUUAUUUAUUUACUGCUAAAAACUUCCAAUAAAUAAAAAAAUCAUUUUUGUGUUUA